AUGUCCUCUCAGGUGAGACUGAGUUUGCUGCCACGGGCCCGAUGUUUGUUUGACGAGCCCGUAAAGGUGAAGGUGGCCGGAUUGAGGCCGAGACAGGUGGUCACCCUGAGAGCCAGAUCCACGGAUGAGAGAGGAGUGGUGUUCAGCUCCUCCGCCUCCUACCAGGCAGAUGGCGGAGGAGAGAUCCACCUGGACAGGGACCCCUCCAUCGGGGGGAGCUACGUGGGAGUGGAACCAAUGGGUCUCCUGACGUCCCUGCGGGCAGAAGCCUUGCACAAAGACUUUCAUAAGAACACGGCAUUACACCCUCACAUCGUGAACUUCUCCGUGCACGAGGAGGAGGGCGGGAUUCUGGCGGAGGCAACCAAUGAGAGGCUUCUGAUGGGAGACGGGGUCAUUCGGCUUCCUGUCAAAGAGGGAAACAUGUGUGGAGUGCUGUUUACCCCCCCAGGAAGAGGCCCGUUUCCAGCUGUUCUGGAUCUGUGCACCUUCAUGUCUGAGAAGAGAGCCUGUCUGCUGGCCAACAAAGGCUUCGUCGUUCUCGCAGUGCCUGUGUUCGGCCACACGCCGGUCAACUCCAGAAAGAUGCACCUGGACCACUUUGAAGAAGCCGUGCGUUUCUUACAGCGGCUGCCUGAGGUGGGCGGCAGAGGGGUAGCCGUGAUAUCACGAUCAAAAGGAGGAGACAUCGCUCUAUCACUGGCUGCUUUUGUGCCAGGUGUGCAGGCUGUGGUCUGGAUCAACGGCUGUAGCGCCAACGUGGGCAUCCCCCUUUACUAUAAAGGUCAGCUGAUCCUCUCCUCUUUAAUGUUUGACUUCAGCAAAGUGAUUCCCACUGAGACUGGGGCUAGCGUGAUCAAGUACGCCGUUGACAAUCCCCUGGACGAGGAGAGCAAGGGCAGCCUGGUCCCCAUCGAAGGCGCCGCCGGUCGUUUCCUCUUCGCAGCCUCGGAGGACGACCUGAACUGGGACAGCAAAGCCUACAUGGAGGACAUGGUGGAGAGGCUCAAACGCCACGGGAAAACUAACUUUGAGCGUGUGUUGUACCCAAAGGCCGGACACCUGCUGGAGCCCCCUUAUGGGCCACACUGCCCCUCGGCUCUGCAUGGGAUGCUGAGCUUUCCUGUGGUUUGGGGGGGUGAGCCCAAAGCCCACGCAGCAGCUGAAGUGCACCUGUGGGCGAAGAUCCAGGAGUUCCUAAAAACUAGCCUUGUACAAAAUAAAGCAAAGUUAUAG